AUGAUCAACAAUAAUGUCCACAAGAAAAUGGUUAAGUUUGACAGCAUUCACAGUUGCAAACUUCUAAAACUAGAUAUUGACGUGAAGAAAAAAGUUGAUAAAAACAAAGUGAUCUUCAAUUUCUCUGAUGAAAACUUAACUGAAGAACAGAAAGAUAUUCUUUCCCAUGGACUGGAUUAUUGUUUGCCUCCUACUAAGACGCUUAAGAAUGAUGAGACUAUAACAAUCACCAAACCAGAUAAGGGUCGUGGAGUUGUCAUUUUAAACAAAUAUGACUAUCAUCAAAAAUUGCUUAGUAUUCUGGAUGACCAUACCAAAUUCAAGAAAAUCACUACUAAAAUAUCCACCCACUUGAUAUACCUCGGAGAUAAACUCAAAAGACUUCUCCGGGCCAUUAAACCAUCCAUCGGUGUAAGCACCUAUAAUUUCCUGUCAACUUCUGGCUCCCAACCCGGAAUGCUAUAUGGUCUCCCCAAAGUUCACAAACCAAAUAUCCUUCUCAGACCCAUCAUUUCAUCGAUUGGUACUUUUAACUACAACACUGCAAAGUUCCUGGUUCCUAUCAUUUCUCCGUUAACUACCAAUCAGUAUACCAUUGAAAAUUCCACAGCCUUUGCAAAUGAAAUAACCUCACUUGAGCUUCAACAACCCAGCACUAUGGCGAGUUUUGAUGUGGAAUCGUUGUUCACGAAUGUGCCACUUCUAGAAACCACAGAGAUUAUAGUUGACAACAUGCAAACCACCCAUCUCAAUAAAUUUGGAUUAACAAAAGAUAGCUUCAAGAAACUACUCAAUAUUGCAGCUCAUCACUCUGUUUUCUCGUUUAAUAAUGAUCUUUAUACGCAAACAGAUGGAUUCCCCACUUGGCCCCUCAUAUGCCAAUGCCUUCCUUUGUCAUCAUGA